UCAAAAAAAUCACAAGAAAUAAAUAUAAGAGAUUUUUCAGAUGUGAAAUUUUUUGAAGAAACUAGUGAGAUUGAAAUUAAUGAUGAAGAAAUAGACCAAAUUGAAGAAAUAGACCAAAUUGAAGAAAUAAACCAAAUUGAAGAAAUAGACCAAAUUGAAGAAAUAGAUCAAAUUGAAGAAAUAGAUCAAAUUAAAGAAAUAGACCAAAUUAAAGAAAUAGACCAAAUUGAAGAAAUAGAUCAAAUUGAAGAAAUAGACGAAGUUGAUGAAACUGAUGAAAUUAGAGAUACUGCUAAAGACAAAAUUAAAGAAACUAGAGUAGAUAAG